AUGACUGACACCACGACGUCGCUCCCACCGGGCUUCACGCCUGCUCUGAAGCCGCCGCCCGGCGUGACUCCCAAUCCGGAGCACCCAGAGACCCUCACACCCAGAAGCAAUCUCACCAUCGGCAUCUGCGUGUCCUUGGUCACCAUCUUCUUCUUCUGCCGGGCCUACGUCCGCCUCAUCAUCAAGCGCACCUGGAUCCUGGAAGACUGGUUUGCCUUGUUCUCAUGGAUAGGCACCAUCGCAUUCUGCGCUCUCGUGGGCGCAACCAUGGCGAACCAUGGCGGCGAGCACAUGUGGGACGUCACGGCGGCCCAAGUCAAGGCAGCAAAUUAUGUCCGUACCUACUUAACCUUUUGGUUCGACUGGGACAGACUGGUUUUGCUAACGCAAAAGGCAGUAUUUUACGAUUGCUUCGGUCGAGUACGGAGUCACGAUCUGUCUGACCAAGCUCUCCGUAUUGUGCCUCUACCGACGUAUCUUCUCGACCCGGCGCUGGAGCCCGUUCGACAUUCUCAUUGUGGUGCUGAUGGUGAUUGCACGCCCCAGGCCAAGAUCCUCGAUAAGAGCAUCCCGGGAAAGUGCAUCAACGUGUCGAUGCUGCUCGAUGCCAGUGGGCUGUUUAACACUCUGACCGACUACCUCAUCCUGUUCCUGCCCGUGCAUGCGGUGUGGAAGCUGCAGUUGACCAAGAAGAAGAAGUUUCUUGUCAUAUUGGUGUUUACAUUUGGUCUUUGUGCGCCAGUUUUCAGCACAAUCGGGUUCGUUGUCCGGUUUCAAUACGAUAGCAACCCGGACACCAACUGGAACGAUCCGUUGAUUCUACUCUGGGGUGUGGCCGAACUGUGCAGCGGCAAUCUCUGCCUCUGCUUCCCCGAGAUGAUCAUCCUGUUCAACCGCAAAGCGCGCAGCCGCAGCAAGCCCAGCGCGCAACGGGAGAGUAUCCUGAAAGCGUCAGCCGGCACGCGGUCACGCAAGGCGGGACCCCGAGAUCCGGACGCGAUGUAUUUUGAGCUGGACGACCACAACAUGUACGGCGUACACGUCACGCCAGAGCGGGAACGGUCAGCAUUGUCCGAGCCGGAGAACGGCGCGGUGCACGUCAGUUACGAGAUCACGGUGGAGUCGCGAGAAGCUUAG